AUGGAAUCAAUCGAAAAUUUGAGCAAGAAUAUCGAGACGAAACUCAGGCUCAUUAAGUUCACGCAAGAACAAGCAGAGAAAUCAGUCGAAACAAACAAUGUUUUAGCCAUGGAGCGACAGAUUAAGACCUUAACAAUGAAGGUAGGCGAAGUUCAUGAUAUUAAAGUUAAAAUUCAAGAGUUAAAAAUCGAAAAAGGCGAAAAUAUCGAAGAUAUACAGACAUGGAAUGCAGCGUUGGAAGAUAAAUUAUUCGCCAUCGAAGCACAAAUUGCUGACGUCGACAAUUCCUUAAAACGGAUCGGUCAAAAGGCGAUCGAAGCUGAGAAACUUAAAGAGGAAGAAAUGGCAGCGCAAUCUCGACAAAGGAA